CCCUUAGGUAAGGCCGAUGAUAAGUUGGCUCAAAUCGAUUGGGAUACGUGGUUGUACUUGACUGGUCCAUUGAAAAUUGUUCCGAACUAUGACACCAGCUACAGUGAUGCCGUGAAAAAGCAAGUUGACAUUUGGAACAACAAUCCAGUUGAAAAAAUCAAAAAUCACCCCGACAUUGAUACCAAUUUGCAUGUGUGGCAAUUGAUUGAAAUGCUCACGCAAUUGGUGCAAAAUCCGAAUAAAGUUGAAAUCACCGAAGAAUGGAUCAGUUUAUUAGAAACGACUUACGGCUUCGUUGGAACUCGCAAUUCAGCCUAUUUGUUUACAUUGGCCCGUCUCUAUGUCAAGGGACGAUUGUUCAAUCGUUUGAAUCAAGUGUUCAACUUCUUGAACAGCAAUUUCCGUAUGAAGUACGUGCGACCGAUUUAUCGGGAUUUGGAGAAGUGGGCGGAAGCCAAACCACUUGCCAUCGAAAAUUUCCAAAAAGUUCAAUCGCAAAUGAUGAAAUUCUGCGCUCAAUCGGUUGCUAAAGAUCUUGGCAUCACAAUCGACAUUUAAAAAAAUGCAUGUAUUUUCUUGUACUUUAAAAAAAAAUCAUUGUUGCAAACCCAUUUGUUACAGUUUUUAACUAAAAAGCAAACUAUACAAUUCAAACAAAACUCUUUCUAACAUUUUGAUAUAUGUAAAUAAAUAUUAUAUAUUUUUUCAAAAAGAAAA